AUGUCGUUCGCCGCAUUACGCAAGUCACCAGAGCAUGAAGAUCUCGCCAAGCUGGCAGAGGAGCAUAUGCAACAUGACCUUGACGAGUCCGACCGAGAGGUUCUCAAGAAAGCGGCCGGCAAGGUGUCACUCCCUGCGACCAUUGGCACGCUGGUAGGCUUGGGCCUCGGCGUGUACGCCGCCUUUCGACUGCGCAAAGUCCGCAUGGACAUGUUCCGGGCAUUCCGAGCAUCGGAGAAGCCUACACAGGUUGUCUUUGCCGGAGGAAGGACUGAAUCUGUCCCAGACGUCACCCCUUACCUGCGGCCCACGCGCUUUGGUGAUAUCGCAACCUACAUUUUCUUCGGACUUGGGGGCACCAUUGUGGGUGGUGAAUUGGGUUUCGUGAUCGGCACCUGGUCGGCUGCGCGGACAAUCUCGAGAGACCCUGAGAGGAGAAAACGGAUCGAGACUGCGUACCGCAGAUUCAAGGCCGAUUACCUCAGGAAGGAGGCCAAACGCUUGGACGAUGGAGGUUCAGUGUUCUCCAAGUCACUUCUUUGA